AUGAUGGAAUUAUUGGUAUUGCCGGUAUUAGACAUUAUCGAAGAUGACGAUGUUGAAAUUGUCGAGUUUUUAAAUUAUCAACGACGUACGUACACAAUUCGUGUACGAAUUAACCAUAUGGAGUUUUGGGAUGAUCAAGACUUUAAAGUUAGAUUUAGAAUCUCCAAAGAAGUAGUUAUUGAAGUUUUAGGAUAUAUAAAUGAGCAGAUAUCUUCACAAUCAUAUAGAAAUCAUGCCGUAACAUCCAUUAACAAACUGCUUUUAACUCUACGAUUUUAUGCUAUUGGAAAUUUUCUAAUAACUGCUGGAGAUUUUUUGGGAGUAAGCAAAACUACAUCAUCAUUAAUUGUUCGUGAUGUCAGUGUUGCAUUAGCAAGACUACUGCCACGGUUCAUAAAAAUGCCAGACACAGAAUUAGAAAUAAAUACGUUACAGAACCGUUUUUAUGAUAUUGCUAAAUUUCCUAGAGUUAUUGGUGCUAUUGAUUGCACUCAUGUAAAAAUACAAAAUCCAGGUGGAGAUAAUGCUGAAUACUUCAGAAAUAGAAAAGGAUAUUUUUCAUUAAAUGUCCAAACUAUUGCUUGUCCUAACUUAAAAAUUAUGGAUAUUGUAGCUCGUUGGCCCGGGUCUUGCUAUGAUCAAACAAUAUUUAAAAAAUCAAAGGUAUAUACCCAAUUAAUCAGUGGCAAAUGGGGAAAUGGUUUGAUUGUGGCGGACAGUGGUUAUGCUAAUUCUCGUCACAUUGUCACACCUUUCAUUAAUCCUCAAAAUCGCAUUGAACAGCUGUACAACGAAUCAAUUAUAAGAACUAGAAAUCCUGUAGAAAGGUCAUAUGGAGUUCUAAAACGCAGAUUUCCAGUAUUAUCUUUAGGAUUACGGUUAAAGUUACAAACAACUCAGGCAGUUAUUGUCGCUUGCUGUGUUUUACACAACAUUGCUUGUGACAGCAAUGAUCUAGAUCCACCAGAAUUGUUAGAUUUAUUUUUACCAGAAAAUGAAAAUAUAAAUAUAUUAGAAGAAGUGAUUGAAGAAGGAAAUGCAAGACAACAAUUAGUGGUUGAUUACUUUGCACAUUUGUAG